CACUCAAACCCACUUUUAAAGAACAGAGAAAAGCCAUCGCCAUCCUCAGCCCCCUCUCAUCGCUCUUCCUGCCAAAUCUUGGGCUUCGCAACAAUUCUCAGGCCAUCUCUACCUUUGGUAUCUCUAUCAAAAUGGGUAAUGCCGAUGAAUGUUGUUCGACACAGCUCAUUGAUGGGGAUGGCAUGUUUAAUGUUCAUGGACUUGAAAAUUUUAUGAAGGAGGUGAAACUGGCUGAAUGUGGUCUUUCAUAUGCUGUAGUUUCCAUCAUGGGCCCACAGAGUAGUGGGAAGAGCACACUAUUAAAUCAUUUGUUUCAUACCAACUUCAGGGAGAUGGAUGCUUUUAGAGGAAGGUCUCAAACCACUAAAGGUAUUUGGUUAGCAAGAUGUGCUGGCAUUGAACCUUGUACUCUUGUAAUGGAUUUGGAGGGUACUGACGGAAGAGAACGAGGAGAGGAUGAUACUGCAUUUGAGAAGCAGAGUGCCCUUUUUGCUCUUGCUGUUUCAGACAUAGUGCUAAUCAACAUGUGGUGUCAUGAUAUUGGUCGUGAGCAGGCUGCAAAUAAGCCUCUUCUGAAAACUGUAUUCCAGGUUAUGAUGCGAUUGUUUAGUCCACGAAAAACAACUUUGAUGUUUGUCAUUCGUGAUAAAACAAGGACACCACUGGAAAAUUUAGAACCUGUUCUAAGGGAAGAUAUCCAGAAGAUAUGGGACUCUGUUCCUAAGCCACAAGCACAUAAGGAAACUCCGCUGAGUGAAUUUUUUAAUGUUCAAGUUACAGCUCUUUCUAGUUAUGAGGAGAAGGAAGAACUGUUUAAAGAGCAGGUUGCUAGCUUAAGGCAGCAAUUCCACCAAUCUAUAGCACCUGGUGGUCUUGCUGGAGAUCGCCGAGCUGUAGUACCUGCUUCAGGAUUUUCGUUUAGUGCUCAGCAGAUCUGGAAAGUUAUUAAGGAGAAUAAGGACCUUGACCUUCCUGCUCACAAGGUAAUGGUGGCUACUGUUCGCUGUGAAGAGAUUGCCAAUGAAAAGUUUGCCUAUUUUGCCUCAAAUGAGGAGUGGUGUCAAAUUGAAGAGGAUGUGCAAACUGGUACUGUUCCUGGCUUUGGAAAGAAGCUCAGUUUAAUUAUUGGUUCUUGUCUAUCAGAGUAUGAUGCAGAAGCUAUAUAUUUCGAUGAAGGUGUUAGAUCUGCAAAGCGGGAACAGCUGGAAGCAAAAUUGCUGCAACUUGUUCAACCGGCCUACCAAUUGAUGUUGGGACACAUAAGGUCUGGAACACUAGAUAAAUUCAAGGAAGCAUUUGAUAAGGCUUUGAGUGGAGGAGAAGGGUUUGCUGUGGCUGCUCAUGGUUGCACAAAGGCUUUGAUGACUCAAUUUGAUGAAGAAUGUGCAGAUGCUGUUAUUGAGCAAGCAAACUGGGACACCUCUAAAGUAAGAGAUAAGCUUCGUCGUGACAUAGAUGCACAUGUUGCUGCAGUUCGUGCUACCAAACUGUCUGAACUUACUGCCUUGUAUGAGGGAAAACUGAAUGAAGGAUUAUCAGGACCAGUGGAAGCUCUUUUAGAUGGGGCUAACAGUGAGACCUGGCCGGCAAUAAGGGUGCUUCUUUUACGUGAGACUGAAUCAGCUAUCUUAGGGCUCUCUAGUGCACUUUCUGGUUUUGACAUGGAUGAACAGACUAAAGAUAAAAUGCUUGCAAGUUUAGAAAAUUAUGCAAGAGGUGUGGUUGAAGCAAAAGCAAGAGAAGAAGCUGGAAGGGUCCUGAUCCGUAUGAAGGAUAGGUUUGCGACAUUGUUUAGCCAUGAUUCUGACUCAAUGCCACGUGUCUGGACUGGGAAAGAAGAUAUUCGUGCAAUCACCAAAACUGCUCGUUCUUCUUCCCUGAAGUUGCUUUCUGUUAUGGCUGCAAUCCGUUUGGAUGAUUAUACUGAUAAUAUCGAGAAUACUUUAUCUGCUGCUUUGGUGGAUAAUGUGAAAAGUGCUGUUACCAAUAGGAGCAUCACAACAGUUGAUCCACUUGCCUCAAGCACUUGGGAAGAGGUUCCUCCCUCAAAAACAUUGAUAACCCCUGUUCAGUGCAAAAAUUUGUGGAGGCAAUUCAAGAUGGAGACAGAGUACAGUGUAACUCAGGCCAUUGCUGCUCAGGAAGCCAACAAGCGUAAUAACAACUGGUUACCACCUCCAUGGGCAAUUGUUGCUAUGGUCGUCCUGGGAUUCAAUGAAUUUAUGACACUUCUAAGGAAUCCUUUGUAUCUAGGUGUAAUCUUUGUUGCUUUUCUACUCUCAAAAGCCCUAUGGGUGCAGCUAGACAUCGCCGGUGAAUUCCGCCAUGGCAUUGUUCCUGGGAUGCUCUCCUUGGCAACCAAGCUCCUUCCCACUGUCAUGAACCUUCUAAGAAAACUGGCCGAGGAGGGGGCAAAGCCUCCAACCACUGACACUCCAGGAAAUCCUCUACCUAAGAGCUUCCGAAAUGGAGUGAAUACCAGCAGUGCUGUAUCAUCAAGUGCUUCAUCCGAAAUAACAUCGGAAAACGGAACUGAAGAAUACUCAAGCUCCUCAAAACAAGACUAGGUGAAACAAUAUAAUAUCUAAUCAGCUAGCAGGUUUUCCUUUCUUUGAAGUUGCUGCUCUUCUGCUCACUCUAUGUUGGGGAUGUUCAGCGUAUAUGAACCAUGCAUGUCAACACUAAUUGCGAGCAUUUGCGAGGAACCCGCUUUGAAGGCAUUGAUUUUUGCAUAGGUGCCACAUACUGGGGGCUGUGGUUUGUUGUGAAAAAGUCCCCAUUAAAUAGCUUUUCAUAUUUCAGUUUUCUAGGUGUUUAUUUUGGUUCUGCUUGUGGGAUAAAAAUCAGAAGCCUCUUCCUCAUCCUCCCUUGAUUAUUAUCAUUGAUUCUACUGGUUUGCCUUCAGUUUUGUUUUGUGAGAAUUACGCCACCACCAUUAUUGGUUUUGUAUUUCCCCAUAAGUUGAACAAUCUGUGUGUGUGACAUAGGGGAGAAGAGAGGUACUUUCUUUUCAGCCAAACAACAUAUUAAAGGACCAUUUGAGUCACAUUCUGAACCUAUUUAUGUAUCCAAAAACAUUUAUAGUUACUGUACUUGUGCCUGCUUCAA